AUGCGUAAGCACGAGAGCCGAAGAUGAUGGUAAAGAUCGUUCUAAGCAUUGCACAGUAACUAACCUGAAGCCGAGGAAUCCUUCGGCCAUAAGCGAUACCUCGUCACGUUCAUCGACGACUUCUCAAGGAAGACUUGGGUCUGCCCCAUCGGGCACAAGAGCGAGGUCCUUCAGACAUUCAAGGAUUGGCUUCUGGAGAUCGAAAACGCCACGGGUCGCAGGGUCAAAACACUUCGCUCGGACAACGGGGGCGAGUAUGUCUCUACCGCUUUCAACGGCUAUUGCGUGGCCCGCGGAAUUCAUCGCGAAUUGACCAUACCGUACACACCUGAGCAAAACGGUCGGGCUGAGCGAGCCAACCGGUCGAUCGUGGAGGGCACCCUGGCUCUCCUGUCUCACUCGGGACUCCCACGAUCGUGCUGGGACGAGGCUGCCAUGUAUUACAUUCACGCCAAGAACCUAUCGCCUCACGCGGCUCUUGGUGGAGCCAUCCCAAACAGUCGUUGGUCGGGCCACACACCAGGCGUAGGAGGUCUUCGGGCAUUCGGUUGUCGCGCUUGGACCACCGUGCCGGCUCGCCGACGGGACAAGCUCGACCCAAAAGGGAUUCCUCUGGUCUUCGUCGGGUACGAUCGACACGCGAAAGCCUACCGUCUUCUUGACCCUUCCUCGAUGCGUGUGAGUCUGGGCCGCCAUGUGACGUUCGUUGAAACCGAGUUCCCCUUCGCGAUCGCGCCCACCCGAGUGACGCAGCCGUCCAUCCCGGGUUACAGCCCCCAGCUUCCACCCGUCGAAGCUCCAACACCUGUCGAGCCUCCCCCACGGCCACCGGCCCCAACGCCUGUCGAGGCACCCGCGUCGCCGGCUUCGACCAGCUCGGCCGACAACGACGACGCCUCAUCGACCACGAGCGCAACGACGGAGUCAGCCGUGAACCUGCCGCAACCACCUCCGGAUCCAGCUCCACUCGCCAAAGUCAAGCCGACUUGGGAGUACGGCGACGUCGCCAAGGUUGGUCCCGAUUCAGGGAAGUACGGUGAAGUCGACGCUCGAAACAUCAUUGACGGCCCCCGGACUUGCCGCCAGCUCGUUCCCACCAUGAUCACGCGGGAACAGCUAGUCGACGGCCCCGACGGACCCACCGCCUCUUUCAAGAGCCUGCUCCUUGCCUUCGCAUCCACCAAGGCCGGCUUCGCAGAUCACGACUUGUCAGUUGUUCGCGAUCCGGCAAAUUGGGGCGACGUCAUUCGAUCGGGACAAGAGGACAUUUGGGGCGCUCCGGCACAGGAUGAAUUCGAUUCGCUUCUGAACGAUUACGAGGUCUUUGAAAUCGUCAAAUCCUGUGAGCUCCCCGCGGGUGAGAUCUUCCUGCGGUCGGGCUGGGUGUUCCGGACUAAACGCAACCAGCAUGGCGCAACCAGCAUGGCCACAUCACCGAUCACAAGGCCCGACUCGUCGCUCACGGAUGUGCCCAACGCCCUGGCCUUGACUUCGAGGAGAACUACGCCCUUGUCGUCAAAUUCACGUCCAUUCGAGCCCUCAUCGCACUUGCCGCGGCCAACGGCUAUCACGUCCAUCAGGCCGACGUCAACAAGGCGUACCUACACGGCAAACUUGACAAGCCUCUCUACAUGCGUGUCCCUCAGCCGUAG